AUGGAUGAUGAUUUUGAUGACUUUGGUGGUGAUUUCGACCUUGACGAGAAUGACUUUUUCAAGGACGGUGAAGAGGGCGCAGGGGAGAUGGAGUACGCGAUGUUCGCUGCAGGCGACGCUGUGCCACGCUCCGGUGGCCCUGGUCACCUUGCUGAGGCUGGCAGUGCAACGGCCGACGGCAACGGCGAAAACAAGAACAGUAACCCAAACGAGGAGGAGCUGACACCACCAAAUAUUCAGGAGCUUUUCCCAAAUGCUGCUCUCGACACAAAGCCGGUGAUUGUCGGUAUUAUUGCGCAGGCGAAGCUUGGUGAGGGAGUUGAUCUCCGUGCCCUGAGCUGCGCAACACGAAACGUUGAGUUUAUUCCGCGUUGUCGAACCCCAGCUGCGACAAUGCGACUGCAUGAUCCGAGCGCGGUGGUGUUGGUGCGAACUUCCGGUUUUAUGUCUAUCAUUGGCGCCGCCAGUGUCAGUGAGGCGCGACAGGCCACCGAACUCGCCGCGCGGAUCAUUCGCAAGGCAUUGGGUCUCAGUUUCUGCACGGUUCAGUUCCGCGUGCGCUCCGUGAUGGCACGGUUUAACUUGGGUCACCCCAUCCGUCUUGAUGAGUUAGCGCAGCAUGAGGGUGUUUUCUGCAGCUAUGAGCCGGACCGAUUCAGCGGGUGCAUUGUGCGCCUCGCGGGGAAGUCGCACGACAACAGAUGGCAAGUGAGCUGCACGGUGUUCGUCACUGGUAAGGUGAGUAUGGUUGGGGCCCGCAGUCAGGAAGAGCUGCGGGAUGCGUUCUACACACUGCUGCCGAUUUUGGCCCGCUAUGCUAAAAAGUAG